AACAAUUCUAGGAAACGAACCAUGAACUUCUACAUUUACUCAAUACUCGCGAAUGUGAUUCUAAUCUGCUCCGUGAUGAUUGAACAAAGCAAUGCUUCCGUGCUUAAAGUUCAUGAAAGCGUUGCAAAACUAAAUAAAAUUACCGAUCGGAAUAUCAUAGUUAAAUCCGCAUAUUCUGCCAAAUUAACAAAUGGGGAACCAGUUGCCAACCUACGAAGCAAACGUAGUGCAUAUUUUAACUUUAAUGCACUGAUGCCAGGACCAAGGUUUCACAGGCAUAUAAGACACAAUCGUCCCCAUCGAAUUUUAAGACGCCGCAAAUUCAGACAAUGUGUCCUCAGAAAGAUUACCACAGGAAGGAAAGGUACGUGGACGUGGUUACCCGCAUACAAAAGAUACGCCUGGUUGCCAGAAGAGAAGCCAGACAAGGACGACAGUUUCAGCAAACUUAUGCGUUAUGGAAAGUGAGCCCAAAGUAAAGAAGUAAGAGUACGACUAAAAGUUUCAAAAACAUUAAUGAAAAUCACGGUUGUUCGUUAUUCGCAAGAUGGGACAAUGAGAACAAUUGUGCCGCUAAAUUUUGGUGAUUCUGAAACUGAAAUUGACAUUUAGAUUCGAAUGUUUAGAUUGAUAUAGAAUAAUUGAAAGCUGGCGAUCAUAGAAGUUGAAAAUAAUGUUGUAUAAAAUGGCGUUAACUAUUGAAAGGACAUUGUGUUCGUGAUAUUUCAAAUCGAUGUGGCGUUUGAUGACGUGGACCAAAAAAUGUAUAUUACGUUGGUAAGGGGUCGCCUUAUUGGCCUCACUUGAUGCUUAAACCAUAUAUACAUAAUCUUCUUCACUAACUGCACUAUACUGUCGGAUAUUACGCAUCUAAGUUAUUUAGAAUUGAUUAAUGUAAAACUGACUAUGAGGUAUUACCAACUCUUAAACAAAGAAUGAUAUUAUAUUAUUCAUCCAUACAGAGUCCCCAGGGUGGUUGCCUCCUCAAAGCUACCUAUAACUAUAAUGCG